AUGGCGAGGAGAGCAGUUGUUUUGGCACUAGCCUUGGCCGCUGUUAUGCCACUGCUCUCAGCUAGCCCAACUGGACGCUUCAGCAAUGGAAGGCUAGCCACUGAUUUUAUUGCUGAAGCUUUGGGUUACUCUAAAGCAAUUCGACCCUUCCUUCACAAGAGAUUGAGACCAGUUGAUAUCUUACACGGUGUUAGUUUCGCGUCUGCUGCUUCUGGUUAUGAUGAGCUCACUGCCAAUCUCUCUAAUGUGCUGCCGCUUUCCAAGCAGCUGGAGUAUUUCACUGAAUAUAAGAUGCGAUUGAGGCAAAUAGCUGGGGCGAGGAAAGCAGAAAACAUUAUAAAAAAAGCGGUAGCUGUGUUGAGUAUGGGCACAAAUGAUUUUCUUCAAAACUACUACUUAGAACCCAUUCGUCCGAAGCAGUAUACUUUGGAAGAGUACCAAAAUUACUUGGCCUCUUGCAUGUCUGAAGACGUUAAGACGAUGCACAGUCUUGGAAUUACACGAUUAGUGGUAGUUGGGGUGCCUGCCCUGGGUUGUAUGCCCCUAGUCAAGACUCUAAUGAACCAGAACACAUGUGUGGACAAGUAUAACAAUUUCUCCUCAUCAUUCAAUGCCAAGCUAAAUGCGAAGUUGGGUAUCGCUAGGAAAGCAUUAGGGAUGAAAAUCGGCUACGUUGACGCUUACGGCAUCUUUCAGGAUGCUGUCAAUAACCCAGAAAAACAUGGUUUGAUUGAGGCAUCAAAAGGGUGUUGCGGGACGGGGACCGUAGAAUAUGGAGAUACAUGCAAAGGCAUAAGCACAUGUGCUGAUGCAUCAAAAUAUAUAUUCUGGGAUGCUGUUCAUCCCACUGAAAGAAUGUAUGAAAUAAUUGCUGGCCAGGCCAUUGAAUCGCUCCGGAAACAGCUCAUGUCCUAGCUACAACUUUAGGUAGAUCCAUGUCUCAAGUAAGUUAUGC